AGGUUCGAAUCCUGCCGACAACGAAUCUUUUCCGUUCUGGAAACCAACCAGCAAACCGGAAGUGUUAGACCAACUUCCAGAGCACAGAAACUAAUGUUUAACAGAUCGGUAAUUUUAAUUUAGUAGAAUUUGACUAGUUAUAUUAUGCAUUGACAGGAUAGCAACGAAAUGAUCCACGCGUUUCUAUGGUAAUAAACUCCACCGGAUAAUCAUGGCGGAUGAUCUGGAUGAUUUACUUGAUGAAGUCGAAUCAAAGUUUUGUUGCAGCACGUCUGCGUCUAAACAAUCAACUUGUGCUUUAAAACAAAAGGACCAAAAAUGUGCGAACCCCGAGGAAAAGAAACAGUCCAGAAAACAAGGAUACAAAAAAGCUCGACAUGAUAAUGAUGAUAUUGACGCUAUGCUGCAGGAAAUACUGGAUGAUGAUCAGCCCACCAGCACUCAUGAAUCCAUUGCAGCAAAGACUUCCAGAAGUGAUGCAUGUUCACAGACAAUGUCCAAGAAAUGUUGUCCUGUGUUUCUUGGGGGAAGUUCUGUACCACACGGAAUUGGAACCAGCGUUUCUCAAAGGGCCUGCAACCGUUUAAGAUGCACAUCUUGCGAUUUCAGUGUAAUCAUGUUUGAGGAUCAGGAAUGGGACUCUUCCUGUGACUAUUUAUUUUUCAGGAAUAACAUGCCGGACCAUCACAAACUAAAAGCCAAACUGAGAAGGAAAAAGAAUGGGCGAGCGUACGCCUGUCAGUGUAGCUGGCACUCAGCCGUGUCACUCUCUGACCUGAGGGAACAACAGCAGCUAAAGUGGGUUUGUGGCAAACACAAAGUAUGAGCACGAGUCUGCAACAGUUCUCCUCUGAAAUCUUAUCUUUGUCCACCAGCGAGUGUUGCAUGCUCUGCUCCUCACAAAAGAGAAUGCUGGCCAUUUUCAAAAUUUGCUUCGUGCAGUUUGUGGGGCUGGAUAACAAAAAGAAGUUGUUUAUGUGUGAUAUAAUUGUAAAACUCUUUAAUGACGCUACAUUCUCAUUUAGAAUGAUGAAGCACUGUGGCUGGUUUAUAUUAUGUAGACUCUUAUUUUGAAAAAGGAAGGCUGAUAACAUAUACAAAUAUUCUAAAUACACAUGCAAAUUGUUAGAUAUUUUACACAGUUAGAAAUGUAAAAAGAAUGAGAUUGGAUAUUAAUAAUAAAAUGGUUGUUUAUAGAUUGUUUAUUCUAAAAUAGAGAACGUCCAUGUUUUUUUUCUUUUUUUCUGUUCUUCCAGAAUAUUCCUUUAGAAACACUCAGGUAUUGCAAGGGCACGACUGUGUUACAUUCCAUGGUUUACAGGAACGUGAUGUUGUGAAUCAUCUGUCCUAAAUAAUAAAAGCACAUAAUGAAAGGGAAA